GUAAUGUCGAAAAUAUGGUCAACAAUAUUACAAUCAUAUAAACAUAGAUUACCACUACCUGUACAAUACAUACCGUCGGUGGCAACGGUAAUGAUAAUAGCAUACAAUUGGCAGACAAACCGUAAUCAUCGACAACAACAACAGUGUCUAAAACAAUGGUUUCACACAUCAAGUAGUAGUAGUAGUGGUGGUGGUAGUGGUUUGUCAUCCGAUUGGUGGCGUAUAAGAUCGGCUAAACUAUUAUCUGAGAUUGAUAUCGACUAUAUUAGACGACAGUGUUUGGAUAGUGUAUGCAAAUGUUAUGCACAGUCCUAUUCAUGGCUGAAUCCAUUAGAUAAAUGGUGUCAUAACGGUACAGGUAUUCGUGUUGCCGAUGAUCAGGAACUCAUAGUUGUGACCAACUAUCAUGUGGUUAGCGGAUGCAGUCAUAUACUGGUCCAUCUCUACUACCAAGACUAUCGCCAGUAUCCUAUGACAGGUCGGGCAGCUUAUGUAGAGCCGCACAACGAUAUGGCACUCAUCAGAUUUUCGGAACCGGUAGACUAUUGGCAACCGAUACCAUUGGCUAGAAAACGGUCGCCGAUUAUUGGCGAUCCGGUUCUAGCGAUGGGAACUAUGCAGCCGAAGAUUGCCAUAAGUACUGAUGGCAUUGUAAACGCCGAUCAGGUUUCGCUAGAUAUGGUCGACUUUCAUAUAGAAAUCGGUACCAUUCAGACCGAUACCGAAGGCCAGCCAGUUAUUAUGCAUACCGCUAUUAUACUACCAGGUUUUUCAGGCGGUCCACUCAUCGAUGCCGACGGUAAUGUGAUAGCGAUGAACACUAUGUCCGGCUUUUUUAACCAUCAGUAUAGCCGAUCAGCCGAUGAAAUAUUAGAUUUUAUCGAAAGAGCAAAACUAUACGACAAUCGGGUAUUUCCGUGGCAACAGACCUACCGGGAGAUCAAGUAUUCAUUGGCUCCGGCCGUCAAACUCGGUAUAGUCCUAUCGAAAGAGGGCGACAUAUUUACAGUCGAUGAUAUACUGCCAGACUCCCGGUGCCGGGAACUAUACGACAAGUUUAUAAUGGCUAUCAAUGAACAGCAGCUAAAAACUGUACGCCAAUUGACUGACGCACUCAACAAACUUACCGGUGCUGAUGAUAAUCAACAAAUUGUGACAUUAAUUAUAAUGGAUGGUUUGGAUAGUAUUGAAAUGGACAGUUACCAGGCCGGUGCCCGCUUUUAUACAGAUCUACCUGUUGUAUUUUAA